AUACAGGCAAUGAGGGUUUUCGCGAAUGAAAAAUCCGCCAGAUGGCAAUACGUAGACGCGAGGUCCAAAUGCUGCAUGAUUGGUUAUUUUUGACAUGACAUUCACAGAUAUGUCAAAAUCCACCAAUCACGCAGCAGUCAGACCCAACAUUCACGUCCCGCCAUCUAGCGGAUCUUUCAUUCGCGAAAACCCUCAUUACAGACAUGACAGUGGCACAUAAUAAUGGAACAAGAAAAAAAUAAAAACAAGAGUAAACUGAGCAGUGCCACCCAUUCACCAACAAGAUGCCCACUGCAACGGGACCCCACUCAGCAUAUGCCGUGGCCCACGGUGACGAAGGCCACGGCGCUGGUUUUCAGUGUGCCCCACGCCGAGUGAGGGUCACGGACCAUUGGACGCAUACAGGAGAGCGGCCAUACACGUGUCCAGUGCCCGAGUGUGCCAGAAGCUUUAGUCACAAACACGUGCUUGUCGUCCAUAUGAGGAAACACACAGCUGAAAAACAUUUCCAAUGCGACUACUGUUCGAAAGCAUUCUGCAAAAAAACAACUCUGAUAAAACACAUAACACAAGCCGUUAGAUGCAAAGCCAAGAGGGAAGGCCUGCCCAAGAGGACGAUGGCCAAGCAAUACUCGUGCUUCUUCUGUUCUCGAAUGUACGCGACGAAGGGACGCCUGAUCAAGCACCAAGAGAAUGCUGCGGCCUGUAUCAAGAAGAAGGAAGAAAUGAUGAAUAUGAACCGGUCUACCAUCAAGGUGCAAAUGCCGUUCCUGUAUAAACAAACGCCGAAUGAGAAUGUACCGCCGAUUGUUGCCGUAAGCAACGGAAAACUGCUAGCUAAAUAGUGAAAUAUAU